GUGAUGGAACAAUGCUUCUGGCGGCCAGCAAGGUCCUGGAUCAAUUAAAACCUGUUAUUGGAAUAAAUACAGAUCCAGACAGAUCUGAGGGCCAUUUGUGUUUACCUGUACGAUAUACGCACUCAUUUCCAGAUGCUUUGCAAAAACUUUAUAGUGGUGAAUUCAGAUGGCAGUGGAGGCAACGAAUCCGGUUGUACCUUGAAGGAACUGGUGUUAACCCAGUCCCUGUAGAUUUACAUGAACAGCAACUGAGUCAAGAACAGCAUAGUAGGGCCCAUGUUAACGGAAGAUUUCAGGAUCAAAGAUCUCAGAUUUCUGAACCACACCUCUUGCCUGUAAGAUCAUUAAAUGAAGUCUUUAUUGGAGAGUCUCUCUCAUCCAGGGCUUCUUAUUAUGAAAUAUCAGUUGAUGAUGGUCCAUGGGAGAAACAAAAGAGCUCAGGUCUCAAUAUAUGCACUGGAACUGGAUCAAAAGCUUGGUCUUUUAAUAUCAACAAAAUAGCAAAUCAGGCUGUGGAAGAAAUUCUUAAGAUUGCUAAAAGUUAUGAGAAUUUAAAGCUUCCAUUGAACAAGGAACUAAUACAGAAAGUAACAAAUGGAUAUAAUGAAUCACUGCUCUAUAGUCCAGAGGAACCCAGGUUGUUUUUUAGUAUACGAGAACCCAUUUCAAACCGUGUUUUUUCAAGUAGUCGGCAACGAGGCUUUGCUUCAAAAGUUUGCAUUCGCUCUCGUUGUUGGGAUGCCUGUAUGGUAGUAGAUGGAGGAACUUCAUUUGAAUUUAAUGAUGGAGCAAUAGCAUCAAUAUUAAUCAAUACAGAAGAUGCACUGCGUACUGUUUUGCUAGAAGACUGAAGACAUCAUUGAGAGUAUUCCAAAGUCUUCACAAAUAAAUGAGCUACAUCAAUUCAAAUGUGAAAAUAGCUCUUUACAGAUAUUUGGGAAACAAAGAUUGAAAUGACUUUUUAUCCCUUCUGAAUGAGAAACUCCUGGAAAAAUCAGUGUUUUGCCAUUUAUUGCAUCUUGUAAUGUGAAAUGUAAUUGGUUUAUACCUCAGACCAACAAAGUUAUUAGCCCUUAAAAGCUUGAUUCCACAUAAAUGAAGGUGGAGUCAAAUAAGUUGAUAUUAAUAUUAAACUGUAAACUUCAAUGGAAGUAGUAUACUACCGAUUCAGCAAAAUAUCUUGGAACUCCCUCAGUUUUUAAAGCAAAUAAUAUCAAAGUUAAUCUAAAGAUGUUUGGUCAUACUUCAGUGUGAUAGCCAAGAAGUUUUAAUAAUACUUUUGUAUUCAGAAAGAACUUUAAUUUUUUAAAUUCCGCAUGUUUGAAGUAGAAUUCAUUACUGUCUUCUAUUAUAGUCUAAUAUUCAUACUUCUGCUAUAAACCAUGUUUCUAUUUACCAUUGCAUUUCUCAUAUCAUAUCGAACUGGCUACUGAAUUCCAAAUAUUCUCCCAUCCCAUAUGAGCACCAAGCAUGUAAACUUAAGUGGAAUUAACUUAAGCAUACUGAAAAAUCCAGAGCUUUGUUUAAUUGGGCUCUAGAACAGACUCAAAGCAUGUGGCUCCUCUUGUGUUCCUGAGAAACCCUGCCCCAAGGCCUGCUGGAGCUUUGGAUAGACCUACCACAAGCGGAAAUAAGGAUGCAUCUG